UGGUCCGGAUGAUCUUUCAAAACACCCCAAACCUUAUCUCCUGUACACCAAUCCCUAUCACUCUCCUUUCUUCCCAGCAUAUCCACAAUCCCUUUUCCCAAACCGUAUAGUGCGCAGCCGAACAAGCCGCAGUAGGCUAGUGGAAUUUCAAUUUGCCACUUCCCCCGUUGUGUUUCAUUCGGACCAAGAGCCUACUACUGGAUGCGGGUAUUCUUCUUCUUCUGUUAAAUUACGCGCUGCCAAUAGCUGGACUCUAACUUCAAUGGCAGCCAUCAUUUCCUGCCACCAAUAUUCUUUUGUUGCCACAUCUCCCCUUAAAAAAUCUGUUCACCAUAAGCUCUCCUCUACUGCUACUCGCACUAACUUCCACUUUGCUCCCUCUCCUAACAAUGCUCCCAUUCAACCGCUAAAGCCCUUAUGCUGCUCCCAAACCCCACCUCCAUUUCGGUCUCCUCCUAAGCAGGAAAACUGGUUCUUCCCAUCUCUAAAGGGAUGCGCGAUCUCUAUAGCAUUAGCAGUUGGGUUGUUAACUGGGGUGCCAGCAUUGGCCAAUACUACCAGCAAUCCAGCAUUGCCAGAUGUAUCGGUUUUGAUCUCUGGACCGCCAAUUAAGGACCCCGGGGCGCUCUUGAGGUACGCACUGCCCAUUGAUAACAAGGCUAUUAGGGAAGUUCAGAAGCCGCUUGAAGAUAUUACAGACAGCCUCAAGCUUGCUGGUGUCAAGGCCCUCGACUCUGUUGAAAGAAAUGUCAGACAAGCAUCUCGGGCUCUCAAGCAGGGUAGAACUGUGAUUGUGUCAGGAUUAGCAAAAUCUAAGGUUGACCAUGGCAUUGAAAUGCUUAACAAACUGGAGGCUGGGAUGGAAGAACUUGAACAAAUUAUUGAGGACAGGAAUCGGGAUGCUGUAUCCCCUAAGCAAACGGAACUGCUCAACUAUGUGGGAGGUGUUGAAGAAGACAUGGUAGAUGGCUUUCCAUAUGAAGUACCAGAAGAAUAUCAGAAUAUGCCUUUACUGAAAGGGAGAGCAGCUGUGGAUAUGAAGGUCAAGGUGAAAGACAAUCCCAGCCUGGAUGAAUGCAUAUUUCGUAUUGUUCUGGAUGGUUAUAAUGCCCCAGUAACUGCUGGGAAUUUUGUAGACUUGGUAGAGAGGCAUUUUUACGAUGGCAUGGAGAUUCAGAGAGCGGAUGGAUUUGUAGUUCAAACAGGAGAUCCAGAAGGCCCUGCUGAUGGUUUCAUUGACCCAAGUACAGAAAAGACCCGUACAAUACCUCUGGAAAUUAUGGUGAAUGGAGAGAAAGCACCUUUUUAUGGAGCCACUCUGGAAGAAUUAGGUCUUUACAAGGCUCAGACUAGGCUUCCUUUCAAUGCCUUUGGAACAAUGGCGAUGGCUAGGGAUGAGUUUGAGGACAAUUCUGCUUCAAGCCAAGUAUUUUGGCUAUUGAAAGAAAGCGAACUAACUCCCAGCAACGCAAACAUUCUGGAUGGCCGCUAUGCAGUAUUUGGUUACAUAACAGAAAAUCAGGAUUAUUUGGCAGAUCUCAAGGUAGGAGACGUUAUAGAGUCAAUUCAAGUGGUCUCUGGUCUGGAUAAUCUUGUCAAUCCAAGCUACAAGAUUGCUGGUUAGAUGUCCCUGUUUGUUUGUUUUGGAAGGACAAAUAAUCCGCAACGGAUCGGUCCGGAGUCAUUUGGGAAGGACAAAAUAUUUCACUAUGGAUCAGUGCGGAGUCACUUGGGAAUUUGUUUGAUAUCCAUUUUAGGUCGUUUGUAUUCAAAUGAUUUUGUUGUAUUCUUUUAAUAAUAGAGAGUUAAUAUUGGAGUACUGCGUAUUCAAUAAUAUCAGUACAGAUUAGUUUAAAA